GUCAAGUAACGAAGUACAAAUACUUCGUUACCUUACUUAAGUAGAAAUUUUGGGUAUCUAUACUUUACUCGAGUAAUUAUUUUUCAGACUACUUUUUACUUCUACUUCUUACAUUUUCACGCACUUAUCUGUACUUUCUACUCCUUACUAUUUAAAAAUGGCCUCGUUACUCCUAUUUAAUUUCGGCUUGUUUUUAUUCCGCUGGCGUUCAAAAAACACAAACAAAAAAACCUAUCCAGAUAAUUCGCGCCAGAGUGAAUUUGAUUGGUUGGAUGAGAAUAUAAACAUGUACCAUUCUUACACCCUAUUGGUUUAUACGCGAUCCAUGGCAUCUGCGCAUGACCAGACUCGUCUACAUUCUCUGACUUGACAUAAAUUUGCGCCACAUUCCAGCUACGAAAUAGCAGAAGUAGACGAUCAAAAUGUCCGAACCUAGCACCAGUGAGGCGGCUGGUGGCCAAGAAGACCAGCCAACCCUUCCUCAUCCCUGGCCGUACCUGGAAGAACUGUUUGAAAUGGUUGGAUGCAAAAAUAACUCAUUUCGAAUGCGCUGCAAGCUCUGUGCACCCAAGUACCACGAGCUAAUGGCUUUCAAAAACUCGCCAUCUAAUUUGAAAAAGCAUAUUGAGAAGAUACACCCCACCCGUCUAGAGAGGUACACACAACUUUCUUCAUCAGCCCUCAAAAGGAAGCCAUCCACUGAAGAUUCUUUGACACCACCCUCCAAACAAACCAAGCUUUGGGAGACCCGAAGAGUGUCCCAGGCAAGUGUGGAUAAAGUAGUCCUCAAAUUCGUUGUCCAAGGCUUGCACCCCCCACACAUUGUUCAGCAACAGGGCUUCAUUGAGCUUGUGCAACAUCUUCAGCCAAAUACAAAUGUCAUGACGCGCAAUACGGUUGUAAACAAAGUCACAAAGGCCUCUGUUGAAAUGAAAAGAAACCUGAAAGCUGCCCUAAGUGAAAUUGAGUUCAUAGCAACAACAACAGACUGCUGGACGGCACACCGUCGCGGUUUCAUUGGUGUCACUGCGCACUGGUUUAACCCCCAGACCAUGCAGAGAUCCUGUGCUGCCCUGGCAUGCAAGCAACUGAAAGGGUCACAUACCUUUUAUGCCCUGGCUGGUGCCCUAAAUGAUAUUCACACAGAAUUCAAUAUCAGAGAGAAGAUCGUUCGCACUACAACCGACAACGGAUCGAACUUCCUGAAAGCCUUCAGAGUUUAUGGGCAGUCUGACGAGAACAACAAUCCUGAACCUGUAGGAGAGGGUGAUGGAGAAGAGGAUGACGGUGGCCAAAAUGAUGAUUCCAAUGAAGAGGAAAGCAUUGAGGGUGUUGAAUUUGUUGAUGCCGGAGCCCUUUUAAAAGAGGAUGACUACUUGGAAUACCAGCUACCCAAGCACCAUCGCUGCGCCUGCCACCUGCUCAAUUUGGUGUCAACAGUUGAUGCUUCUAAAGCAGAGAGCAACCCAUUGUACAAGCGUGUGGCAAGGUCCACAUUUUCCAAAUGCUCUAGCUUGUGGAACAAAAGUUCAAGAUCAAGCACUGCAGCUGAAGCAAUUGAAGACCACUGUAAACUACAACUCGUAAGGCCUGUGCCGACAAGGUGGAAUUCACUCUUUUCAGCUGUAGAAAGAAUAGUGAGAAUCACCAGAGAACAAGGAGAAGGAGCCCUUGCAGCUGUCUGCACUGAAUUAGGUACACCUAAGUUUACUCCAGUGGAACUCGCAUUUCUUGCAGAAUAUGCCAAGACAAUGUCUCCAGUUGCGAAGGCACUUGACGUUCUCCAAGGAGAAACAAGUGUGCAGAUGGGAUGGUUGGUCCCCACUAUUACACUACUUGGAUCCAAGCUCCAUCACCUUCGCGCCGCCUCCAAGUUUUGUGAGCCUUUGAUUGCAGCACUUCUCGUAGGCCUGGACAAACGCUUCGGAGAGAUGCUUGCCGAUCCAGAGCUGAUCGCCGCAGCCAUUCUAGUCCCGAAAUUUAAGACCUGCUGGACAAGUGAGGAAAAUAUCCUCAAAUGUGGCCUUGACUACAUCAGAAGCCACUUGGACUGUCAGGCCGAGAAUCACGGCAGUGAGGGCUCCCAAUCAUCUGAGGAAGAGGACUUCUUUUCCUCCUUGAAGAAGACUGGCCCUCUUGAAACGUCCCAGCAGUUGGAUGCGUACCUGGGGUGCCAAGGAGACACAGUAGAGGUACUGAAGACCUUCCCAGCUGUGUACCAGCUAUCACUCAAGCUUAAUACAGCACUCCCUGCCUCAGCAGCCUGUGAAAGACUGUUUAGUGCUGCAGGGCUGAUCUUCAGCCCAAAAAGAGCGUGCAUUGGCUCGAAGAACUUUGAGAACCAGUUGCUUUUGCGGCUGAACAAAGCCUAUUGGUAAUUCUUUGUUUCAUAGUCUGUGCUUAACUGGUGUAGAUAUUGUGUUUUUUUUUCAGGAAAUGUUUCAUCAAUUUGUUAUGGUGGGUCCAUGUUCGCCAAGUUCUUACUCGUUAUCUUAAUUUCCUGCAGCUAAGCUUGAAUAAAGGCUGUUGAUAACAUGCCUCUGAAGUUUGACUUUUUGCACCAUUCCAAUACUUACAGGGAAAUAGUCAUCAUAUCU